CCGGCAGAACACUCACCGCCAGAGGCGCGGCGGAGCUUCGUGACUCCGUGGAGGUCAAGCUGCAGGCUGUGGCACUCCGCUUUCUUUAUAUUGGAAUCUUGACACUUCCUAGAAGAUCGUGCAGAUAACUUGGAGAGAUUCACGACCCGAAAAUGUCAGCUCAGAACUCCGCAGGCAUCCAGACCCUCCUCGAUGCCGAACGAGAGGCUCAGAAAAUCGUUCAACAAGCCAGAGAAUACCGCACAAAGCGGAUAAGAGAUGCCAAGACAGAGGCCCAGAAAGAAAUAGACGAAUACAGGCAGCAAAAGGAGGGGGAAUUCAAGAAGUUCGAGGCUGAGCAUUCGAGCGGAUACAAGAAAGCCGAGGAAGAUGCGAACAAGGAAGCGGAAACAAAACUACAGGAAAUCAAGAGUAUCGGCGAUAGUAAGGGCGAGAGUGUCGUGGAUGGUCUUAUUCAAGCUGUGAUCAAUGUGAAACCUGAAGUGCCUGAGAAAAUCGUGGCCUCAGCAUAGAUUUGGCAAGGAAGCGAACGGGGGUUCACUUACCUGUUCUUGAUAAAAGGGCACAAAGUGGGAAGAGCAUAUUUUCGGUCUGAAUGUGCCCAUGCUUCGUAUCAUUUCAGCAUUACUUUCCUGUUGCUGUCGGGAGUUGAUUAUGUUUUCCUGAUUUAUUAUAUAUGACCGUCAAUCGGUUUGGACUGCUAGAUAAUAUCUAGCCCGUUCUGCAAGUCAUACGUAAUUGAUAGAUAGGGAUGUGAUUAUAGACUUGUCCAGUUCAG